AUGACCAGCAUGGCUAAGUUUGAUGAGGUCUUGAUGAGCUUCGAUGGCAAGUCACCACGCGAUGCUUACAAGAAGACCUGUGAGGAGCUUGGCGUUCACACUCAGGCUUACGUCUAUGAACUAUUCCCCGAAAAGGUCGGAGCAUUCCAUACCAUCAAUACCAUAGAGCUUGAUAAGUGCCUGCUGGGGACAAAGGGCUGUAUGGCGUUGCUUCCCAUCAUUCGUGUAAGCUCGAUCCUGCGCAAAAUCAGCAUCCGUGGUUGUGGCGUUUCCGAUGAGUUCGUUAAGGCUCUAUGUGAGAUUCUCGAGACCCAUCCAUCCGUGCGCUUUGUGGAUAUCAGCGAUAACCAACUCGUUACCGUCUACUCCGCCCCCUACAUCAUCAAUGUGAUGAGGCACAACAGCAAUCUGAUCAGCUUCGAAGUCAGCGGGACUCACGUCGGCAAGAACGUUGGCAACAUCAUUUCCGACUUUGGUCAGCGGAACGUGGAGCGGGUUACGUCCUACUACCAAGAUCGGUAUUUCAAGAUGAAGGAUCUGUUCAAUUAUCUGGACGAGAACGGCACGGGGUGGGUACACUUAAAAUCCCUCGUCAUGAAUUGCCCUUACCCUGUAUUGCAAGAGCAGUUCGUGGAGCGAAUUGCUCUCAAGAAACCAAAAAAGCGCAGCGACAGCUCCAUCAGCAUUAACACCUUUUUGCAGCUGAUAUAUAUGAACUACAAGACGGAUGUGGACAUCGCGCAGUACCUUGGCGAAUCAAAGACAAAGACGGAGGGCGAAAACAAACGAGGAAGUACGUUUGGCCAGAGCAGCAGUGACUCUUCGGUCAUGGAGCCGCUCGACGAGCCAUACUUGCUGAUUGUGGCUAACUGGAAGCAAAUUAUUCGCGCCGUGGAACGGUAUAAUAACAAUAUAGUCAAUGUGGGAGAGAAGCCGGCGGCAAAUAACGAUGACUCGAUGGACUUUCUGUGCGGUAUUGGAGUGCCCAAUCGGCGGGUAAAGCUGCCGGAGGAUUUCCAUCGCCUGCGUCUUCGUGAUUAUCUGCUCACCGAUGAAGAGGCCAGCGCGUUGGUCACUGCUGCUGCCUCCGAAGAGGCGAUGAGGGAAGUUCAGGAGAAUCCCGCAUCAGGAGAGAACGCGCCCGACAAGGAUGAUGAGGAAAUUACUCUCUCGAUGUUAAGUCUGUUAUUGGCCAGUAAGACCGCGUUUGAAGAGCCGCCAAACCAGAAACCGGUGUAUCAGUUUUACAAGGAGCGCGACGCGUCUUACAUUCCGGACUGUGUGCGCCACGGCUCCCGGCUUGUGAGCCUGGCGCGGCUGAGCAUGCUGGACAGUUGCAAGAGCUCCAGGUUCAGUAUGACCAGCAUGAAUGGCAACGAUACCGUGGAAGUCCUUGGCGAUCCACCGCGCACCUUCUCGUUGCCACCGUGCUUGGUUAAGGCGGUGGUGAACUUCUUCAAUGCGGAGACCGCGAAGGAGAGCCAGAAGGCUAGGCGGAAGACGCUCUCAUCCACAGACAGCCCCCGAAGCCGCCGAGAUAAGGCUAUGGAGAAGGCGUGCAUCCCUGUCAGCUCUUUUCUCGGCACGGAGUUCGCGACGGAAUUCGAGACCAUCCUACCGCGUUUGCUUGGAGACUACUACGCACGUUAUUCGCUACCGAUCGAGGAUUCCACCAUCACCCUUCAGGAGAUGGUGAAUCUGCUGGAUGAGAUGUACGUAGUGCUGCGAGUGGACCGCCUGAUUUCACUCGCGAAGAUUAUGGAGAUGGAGGACCCUAUGAUAAAGUUGAAUCAGGAAAAGGAAAUGCAACCGAUUUACAAGGACUUCUGUACCAAGUACAUACGUGAUGAAGCGUUUCUUGAAGCGGAAGUGAAAGCAAAACGUGAUGAGAGGAUAAGGAUGUCUAUCAUUUAA